AUGGAUGAUGGAUUUGGCAAAGACAUUCCAGAAUUUGGGCGAGUAAAAGGCAGAAGGAAGAAGUCAUUUGCAAAGAAAGUAAAUGAAAAUGUUAAGGUUGAAGAGGUAGAUGUUGCUCUUCAUCAACCUUACAAAGUUAAUUCGACCCCUGACAGAGACUUACCAAGUGCGCUUCAGAGUGAUGGUCAAUCUAAAAGAAUGGUGGCUAUUGGUGGUGGUGUUGGGGGUGGGGAUGCUGCUAUUGAGGGUGAGGAUGUUGAUGUUGGGGGUGAUGAUGGUGCUAUUGGGGGUGGGGAUGAAGUUGUUGGGAGUAGGGAUGAUGAUGAUGAUGACGAUGAUGUUAGGACUACUGCUGUUGAGGGUGGGGAUGUUGAUGUUGGGGGUGAUAAUGGUGCUGUUGGGGGUGAGGAUGAAGUUGUUGGGAGUGGGGAUGAUGAUGAUGAUGAUGAUGAUGUUGGGACUACUGCUGCUGUUGAGAAACCUGGAGGUGAGAAGAAAAAAAGUGUGCUAGAAAGAGAUUCUGAUUAUUCAACUAAAGGUUAA